UCUGUAUCUGAAACAAACUAAUGGUGAUACUAUAGUCGCGCGGCCACUGUCCUGUCCCGAGCAAAUACAUCCUUAAUCCAGUUUUGCACUGGUUAAUACUACUGAGUAAAUACAGAAAUAUAUGUUGCCAUUCAGUUGUCUGGUGUUCUGUUUAAAGCUCGAACAGGUGAAAAACAGACAAAGAUUUAUUUUUGUAUUACUACGCUAAGAAAGAAGAAGAAAAACAGCUUUAAGCAUUUAUUCAGUGUCUGACAGUUGCUAUAAUGGAUCAAUAUUCAUUCGUGAAAGUCAUUGGCGGAGGAUCUUUUGGUCGAGCUCUUUUGGUUCAACCUAUAAACGAAGAGCAAAAUUAUGUUAUGAAGGAAAUACGACUGCCAAAGGCUGAUUUUGGGAUAAGAAACAGCAGAAGAGAAGCUGUGCUUCUGUCCAGAAUGAAGCAUCCAAACAUUGUGGCAUUCAAAGACUCAUUUGAAGCUGACGGUCAUCUGUACAUUGUGAUGGAGUUCUGCAGUGGUGGAGAUCUUCUUCAAAAGAUACGGCAGCAAAAAAAUGCCCUGUUCUCUGAGGACGUGAUCCUGAAGUGGUUUGCACAGAUGUGUCUAGGCACCAAACACAUUCACGACAAGAGAGUACUUCACAGGGAUUUAAAAUCAAAGAAUAUUUUCUUGACCGACAGUGGAACUGUGAAGGUGGGGGAUUUUGGUUCAGCUUGUUCUCUAUACAGUGCAAAAGCAUAUGCUCAGACAUAUGUGGGUACUCCAUAUUAUGUGUCUCCAGAAAUAUGGGACAACAAACCGUACAAUAAUAAAAGUGAUGUCUGGUCUCUUGGCUGUGUCUUGUAUGAACUUUGCACACUCCAGCACCCGUUUCAGUCACGUAGCUGGAAGAGUCUGAUCUUGAAGGUGUGUCGUGGGGCAUAUGCACCUUUACCCAGUCACUUCUCCUACGAGCUGCACUACCUCAUCAAACACAUGUUCAAGACUAACCCUGGAGACAGACCCUCAGUACACACAAUCCUCAGCUCUCACCGUGUGUCUCAACUGCUGCAUAAACACCUGGUGCCAGAGGUACAUCAGCUCAUUCUUCAAUGA